GAUGAUGACAGUCAUUGGCACUGGUUGAGAAUUCAACGAUUGUACAUGUGAUAGUUUACUUCCAUAUUGUUUGGCCGCAUAGGAAAAGGGUGUGAAAAUCAAUGGUGGGUGAGAAAAUCUCCUUUUUCCAUUUACAACGCGAAAAAUUCUAACUGAAACUCAUUCCAUUGGAUUCAAUCAGAGAUAAACUCCACAUUCCCAUGCAAAUUCAUCUAUGCCCGUCUCACUGAUCCUCUCAGAAAAGCUAGGAGUUCGAUCGUCUUUGGGUUUCUUCCAGCUAGAGCUGGAGUGUACUAGCCAGUCAACCUCGUCGCGGCGCACGAUAGCUUCCCACCAUAACCCACAUGAACCAACUACCAACCAACACAUUUUCUCUCUCUUCACACACUCUCUCUCUCUCCUUUACACCAACGAACUCCUAUUGUAGAGCAAGCCAAAUCAAUCUCAAUUUUGUAACCCUAAAAUUUUCAUGUUCUAAGAUUUGUUAUUUAUAGCUUAAUCGAUCAAAUAAAAGCUUAAUAACUUCUGAUUUUGACAAUAAAAUGAGGGGUUCAGAGAACCGGAGCUUUGAAGAAGAUAUGGAAACCCCAGUCCUCAACGAUUCUUCCAGCAAAUCCACUCUCGCUCAAAUUCACCACCCUUUGUCUCCGCCAAUCAUCGCCUCUACGACCGACACCGAUCCUUUACUGUCUCCGCCUCCUCCGCCACAGUACAGAGACCUCGAAAACCCUAAUUUCUCUAACAAUUCGUACAUAGAACCGUUGUCGUAUCCGGACGAUGUUUUUAGUCCGCUCGACGACAGGAACGGGAUCGAGGUCAACGGCGUGGAAAGCCCUAGUAAUGAUUCAAAGAAAUUCAUGGCGUUGUCAAGAUCGCCUUCGACGAGUUCCGAGUAUGUGAAGAUUACUGUUUCCAAUCCUCAUAAAGAGGUGGAAGGGCCGAAUUCGUUUGUUCCGGGGGGGAACAAUUAUGUUACUUAUUUGAUUACGACGAGAACGAACCUGCCUGAGUUUGGAGGAUCGGAGUUCAUUGUUCGGAGGCGAUUUAGGGAUGUGGUUACAUUGUCUGAUAGGUUGAGUGAGGCUUAUAGAGGCUUUUUUGUUCCGCCCAGACCGGAUAAGAGUGUGGUGGAGAGUCAGGUGAUGCAAAAGCAAGAAUUUGUGGAGCAGAGGAGGGUGGCAUUGGAGAAGUACUUGCGGAGAUUGGCCGUGCAUCCGGUGAUCAAGAAAAGCGAUGAGCUGAGGGUGUUUUUGCAGGUUCAGGGGAAGCUUCCAUUGCCCACGACCACAGAUGUGGCGUCAAGGAUGCUUGAUGGGGCGGCGAAGCUUCCGAAGCAGUUGUUUGGGGACUCUGCAAGCGUGAUUGGGCCGCAGGAUGUUGUGCAGCCAGCAAAAGGAGGAAGAGAUUUGUUGAGAAUAUUCAAGGAGCUGAAGCAGUCAGUGACUAAUGAUUGGGGAGGUUCAAGACCACCUGUGGAAGAAGAAGAUAAAGAGUUCUUAGAAAAGAAAGAGAAGCUACAUUUUCUUGAGCAGCAACUCAGCAAUGCAUCUAAGCAGGCAGAAGCACUUGUCAAAGCGCAAAAAGAUAUGGGAGAAACAAUGGGAGAACUAGGGCUGGCAUUUAUUAAGUUGACAAAAUUUGAGAAUGUGGAGGCUGUGUUCAACACUCAAAGAAUACGGGCUUCUGAUAUGAAAAAUGUGGCUACUGCUGCUGUCAAAGCAAGCCGAUUUUAUCGGGGAUUAAGUGCACAAACUGUCGAGCAUCUGGAUACACUACAUGAAUACCUGGGGCUAAUGUUGGCAGUCCAUACUGCUUUCUCUGAUCGUUCGAGUGCUUUAUUGACGGUACAAACUAUUUUAUCGGAAUUAUCGUCUUUGCACUCUAGAGCUGAAAAACUUGAAGCUGCAUCAUCCACAAUGUUUGGUGGGGACAAGUCAAGGAUCCAAAAGAGAGAAGAGCUGAAAGAAACCAUAAAAAUAACCGAAGAUGCUAAAAACUGCGCUAUCAGCGAAUAUGAACGAAUUAAGGAAAAUAACAAGAUUGAACAUGAAAGAUUUGAGAGAGAAAGACAGGCCGACUUUGUAAACAUGUUAAAGGGAUUUGUAAUCAAUCAGGUUGCAUAUACAGAGAAAAUUGGAAAUGAGUGGGCAAAGGUUGCGGAGGAGACUAGUGGGUAUGCAAAAGAGAGCGCUUGAACUCUAUGACAGUAAAUUUGCUUCUUUAACUUCCUCUUUUCUUUAUAUUUUAUGUGCACUAUACGAUACCAACACAUUCUUAAAAAAAUAUGAGAUAAAACAAAGGUAGGAGAUCAGCUGUCAGUUUUCUUCGAAUUUCAUUUUUUCCGUAGUUGUAUUUGUUAAAUUUUGUUACACACCCUUGCAGCAUAAAUUCACUGCUGUAAAUUCUUUACUACUUGUUUGCUAUUUGAAGGUGCACUAUAAUUUUCUUUC